UGACCGGGGAGGGGACGGUCGCGCGGCGCUGCGUCUCCGUGGGCCCGGUCCGGCGGCGCAGAGGGGAGUGGGAGGAUCCAUCAUGGCGUCCAUGCAGAAACGAUUACAAAAAGAACUAUUGGCAUUGCAAAAUGAUCCACCUCCAGGAAUGACUCUAAAUGAAAAGAGUGUACAAAAUUCAAUUACACAGUGGAUUGUAGACAUGGAAGGUGCUCCAGGAACACUAUAUGAAGGGGAAAAAUUUCAGCUUCUAUUUAAGUUCAGUAGUCGGUAUCCUUUUGACUCGCCUCAGGUCAUGUUUACUGGAGACAAUAUUCCUGUUCAUCCUCAUGUUUAUAGCAAUGGUCAUAUCUGUUUAUCCAUUCUAACAGAAGACUGGUCUCCAGCUCUCUCAGUGCAAUCUGUUUGUCUUAGCAUUAUUAGCAUGCUUUCCAGCUGCAAAGAAAAGAGGCGACCUCCAGAUAACUCAUUUUAUGUAAGAACGUGUAACAAGAAUCCAAAGAAAACAAAAUGGUGGUAUCAUGGUAAGUAUUUAACUAGGACCAGGAAUCUUGUUUACUUUUUUUUUUCCCCAGGCUGAAGGCAAUUAAAAUGUAGGGAAGUAGGAUAAAUGCAUUCAAAGCCUUAAACUCUUCUUUUAAAUCUCCAAAGUUAUUAAAAUCCCAUUUCUGAGAUAUUCUGCUGCGAUUUUUUUUUUUUGUAUUACAUUUCAGUAAUUCCUAAUGGAAAUUUAACAGCACAGAUGUAUAGGUUUUAAAUUUUAGGAUCGAAUUUGAAAGAAAGUUCUUGUAAACUGUGUUAGUCCAUGACAAGUUUUAAGUUUUGGGUUGGGGAAGGUACAUGAUGAAACUAGGUUUAGUUCUCAAACCAGGUUGGUUUUGUUGGUUUUUUGUUUGUUUGUUUGUUUGUUUGUUGUUAAUGCUUUAAGAGCUUUUAUGGCAAUUAAAUGGUGCCCGUAUGUUUGUAAACAGCUAUGUGAUUUAAUAAUUUCCACUGCUAAUCAGAAUUCCAGUGUGGGACAGUUGGCUGACUUAGAGGCUCUUAGGAGCUAAUAGUCAAUAAUAUAGUAAUAAGAUUCUACAUGUACAUGAUAAAAAAAAACAUACUAAAAUUGCUAUGUAUAGUGUUCUAAUGUCUGCAGUGCUAGUAUUGUGUUGGUUUGGUUUAUGGGUUUUUUUGGUGUUUGUUUUGGUGUUGGGGUUUUGUUUUGUUUUCUUUCUCCUUUUUCCAUGUGCUCUCUGUCUUUAUGCUCUUUGUUCUGUCCCAAAAUUUCUCAUCCUCUUCCCAGAGCUGGGGUUAGGUGUAUGUGCUUGUCUUAUCCACUCCAUUGAUGAGGAAAGAAAGGAGGAGGGGAUAGAGACGGGCUAUACUUCUUGGCCAACACUUUCUUUGCUUUCCCUAGGAAAAUACUGUACAAAUGAGGUUAUUGGGAGCCCACGUAUUUUGGGAAGGGGUGUGUUAGAGCAGGUAAUGCUGUAUGCUAGGGUGGUGCAGGAGGUGUUGAUCCCAUCACUACCUUUCACUGAAGGCUCACAAAUAAGACAUCCUCUUAUUUUUUCACUGCCUCCCCACCCCAGGACAUGUUUUGUCCCCUGUCUGAAAUGAGACCAGGUAUUUUGAGACAGUGGGAGUUAACGACUGGAAAGGCAAACACCAAAGCCUUCACCCUUAGAUUCUUAAAAGCCUAUGGAUGCCUUAACAAGAAAAACUUGCGAGUUUCAUAAUGCUUGCUGUGACCCUUGUGGUUUUGAUAUAUGGUAAUGUAACAGAAUGAAACUCAGUUUCCCAUAAUACUCUAAUAGUAUCUCUAAAACAAGGUGACUUCAAUUACAGUAAGAGGAGUGUGUAUGUCGUGGGAUUAAGAGGUAUUUAAGAAAAGUCAGGAUUAUUUACCAUCUGGUUGUACAUUAUGUUGUUUUUAAAACUGACUCCAAGAACAACAAGCCUGUUGCCCACAAGGCUCCGUUUAUCAUCUGUACCACAUUAUUCAGUAGUCACUUUCUCUUCUCUGCUUUGGUUUUGUUUGGUUUUUUUGGUUUUUUUUUUGGUUUUUUUUCACUCUUGUAAUGUGUUUGGUGCUUUUCCAUUUCUGGUUUUGCCUCCUCUUUAUUGGCAAUUUUGAGCGAGUUUUUAUUAACUAGUUUUAUUUUCAUUUGCUAGUUAUUUUAAAAGAGAAACAAGUAAAGUUUCAUUUAUUUGCUUUACUUUGUGAUUAAAAUAUGUCUUUAUUUUGUACGAGACUUGUUUUGAUUCAGGAUUGAAGGCUAUCAAGGAGAACAGUCUGCAGAUCCUACUAUGAUUUCUUAUUCAUAAAAGUCAAUUUGAGUUAAACAAACAAAAGCCAAAUGAGAAUGACAAAGAAAUGUGGGUUAUCUGACUCUGAAAGUUGCUAUAUUUUUGUGGCUCAAAGCCAUUAGGCUGCUUAUGGUCCAUUGAAUAAGUCAUUUAAUUACUUUGAAGUAACUACAAUGCCCGUUUUCUGGAAGUCAGAAAACCUACCCCCCCCAAAUUCAGAGCAACCUAAAAACCAACCUGAGGCAAGAAAAAGCAAGUCAGUUCAUUUAAAUAACUUGUACUGGUUUGCUUCAUAGUAUUUUCAUUUGUUGUUUAACUUCCUUUUGAAGCACUAAUUGCAAAGGAGGUCAUGAUUAAAGGUUAAUGGGGCUUUUCCCCCUGCCAUUAAAUUCUUAAUUAAAAAUUAAAACAUGCCCGAUGACCAUUGGACAAAAAAUUUCUUAAAUGCUAGAGAGUUUUUCCUUCAAGUUUUGUGUGUCACUUGCUCUUUCUCUGUUACGAGUACUUACGUUUCUCUUCUGAAAACAAGACUGCCAAGGCAUGAUCUUUACAUUGUCAAUGUUUUCUUAGUGGGUUUGAAGAAAUGGUGGGUUACGCUAAAAUGGGAAGUGUAGCUUGCCAGCUAGUUUUAACCAUCUCUCUCUGGCAAAGAACUGUCUUCAACACUAUGUACACCUGAAAAGGUUUACAAGCCCUUGGAAAAGGUGAUUCUGUCAUCUUAAUUUUCUGCUUCUGCUUCAACCGAAGGGUCGCAUAUCUAAUCUUGUGGUUCAACCACUUCGGGCUGGAUAAAUUAGGAGAGAAAACCCAAUCCAAACUGAGAAAGAAAACCAGCUAUCCAAGGGUGACCACUGGAUGAAAUAAAUGCCAGUGCUGGUGCAAAAACAUGAGAAGGGAGAUGCAGGCUGGUUCUGCCCCUUCUGUUGUCAGCUAACCAUUGGACUGGCGUAGCUUUAACGUGAAAUUGAACCCCUGUGUUUUGAAGAGGAAGGAGGAAGAAUGUAGUCACUUUUAGUGUAUGCAUUUGAAGGAUUUCUUUCUUUCUUUAUUUUUCCAGUAGGUGCCUGGACUUUUUUUAACUGAGAGCAAGUAGUGCAUGGCUGGGAGCUGAUGUAAAGGAAACAGAUAUGAACACAGAGACAAAGUAGCAGUGUGAGAUACAUUCUGAUGUGUAAACAUGUCUCUGUGCAUUUAGCUUAUUACAGUUUGUAAUCUCUCAUUUCAUCCCUGCCCUAACAAAGCAACUUAACUCCAUAAGCAGAGUUAUGGAGCCUUGUUUGCUACAAACUGAUGUCUUUGUUUCAAAACUCCUGAUCUUUGGUAACUAAAUACAUUUCUAGAUUGAUUGCCCUACCCAACACCUGCUUCAAGUGUACAUUGAAUUUCUUUUUAAAUUUCGUCUCAGAGUUGAUCAUAUUUUGUUAAAGACAGAGGAAGAUCUUCCAGAUACAGUUCACUUAGGCAUCCAGGCUGAAGUUGGUUUCACAAAGCUGUUGCCUGGCUUUGGUGUCGGGAAGUUGAUUUUUGUGAAAAGAGGGCAAUGGUGUUUGUUUUCAACCAGCACCUCCCUACUGCUUUUGGGUUUGUUUUGUUUACGUAGAAAGUGUUUUCUCUGGUAUUUGGCCUAAAUUUUUAGUACACAGUUGAAAUACCGCUUCUGUCUCUCUGCAUACUGUCCAGUCUUUUUUACAUCUACAGUACCCUACUACUAAAAUGAGGAGUUUUUUUACAUGUAAUAUUAUUUAUGACAUAAUGUUUUCCAGUGAAAAUGUAGAAUUGUUCACGGCUACUUUAUACAUGCUAAAUCUGUAAACAGUAAAAAUACUGCUUAUGAGACUACAUUUUCUACGUGUGUGAGGUUACAAGUGCAUUAAAAAUAGACAGUAAGUUUGCUUUUUGUUAACAAGCUUAAUAUUUACUGUUGCCAUAUGCAAAUAUACUGCAGGUUGAUGUGUGGAAGAGAAAUACUUUAGUAUUGAGCAUAAUUCAGAAAAGAUUGCCAUCGAUUACACUUUUUUGUAAUGUUCUGCGCAAUUAUAGUAUCUUAAAUUUAGGAAUGCAAGUUAUUUUCAGGUUUAAGAUUUUAGAAUCAUAGUAGAAACCUAUUAUUUUUGCAUAAUUCUGACAGCUAUAACUUGAUCUUGAGAAAUAAAUGUACAUACAUAUAUAUGAAUACAUAUAUAUCUCUAUAAUGAAUGCAUCAGGCGCCCACUCUGCCAGCUCUUAUCACUAUCUAUUCCUUAAAACAGGGUUUCUCAGUUUGAUAACUGAUGUGGACCUGCUGUACUUCAGGGGUGCAAAAUGUUAAGUGUAUUUGGUCUUUUCAUUUUCCCGAUGACUGGCUUUCCAAAUAUAGAGUAUGGAAAUAACUGUCCUUUUAAUGGAAUACUUGCCAAUACUAAUGUGCCUGGGAGUGUAUGUGUAUUUUUGGAAGUUUUAUGUUUAAUA